CAUCAACAACAAUGACCAUGAAGAUUGCCGUAAUCUUGUGCCUGUUCGGUGUUGCUUACGCCGGAAACAUUUAUGGUGGAUCUGCCCUUGGUUCUUCUGCACUCGCACACGUCGGGACAGGGCUCGGAGCUAACCUUGGACAUCUAUCAGCUCUCAGAGCAAAUUUAGGACAUGGUCUCGACUCCGGAACCAACCUCGGGCACUUAUCAGGUGGCCUCGGAUAUGGUGCUAGUCUGGGACAUGGCUCAGCUCUUGGAUACGGUACCAGUUUUGGACACGGUGCAAAUCUAGGAUAUGGAGCUGGUAAUAGGUACAAUGGCUGGCAAGGUUAUGGAUCCGGAUCGUAUGGUUACGGAGGUUACAGCAGCGGAUACGGAGGUUACGGAGCAAGCUCGGCCUAUUCCGGACCGGAGAAGGCAUCUGUUGUCCAGUAUACGACAGUACACACAGUUGCACCUAGUGCAUCCUAUUCUGCGGGGUUAGGCGGUCUCGGUGCCUAUUCCCCAGCUAGGUCUUACGGUGGCCAAGGGUACGGUGGUUAUGGAUACGGACACGGACAUCAAGGUUAUGCUAACAAAUGGUAA